AUGCAGGUUACCGUUGACGAUAAGCCAAAAUUGCCAUUUGGUGCUGGAACGGAUCGUGUUCCUGAACUAAAAGAGACGACGGUGGCGACGAUGGUAGAUGACGGAUCGGCUCAAGACGAGUCAGUAAGUGGUGGUCCAGGCCAAGGUCUGCCAGCUACAUCGCAGCCUCAGGCUACACGUCCACACAGCCCUCUGCCCUCACCAUCACAUGGACAUCCUGAUCCACUUAUGCCGGUUGCCGAGAACUGGUGCCAUACUCAGGUGAAAGUCGUCAAAUUCAACUAUAUGUGGACAAUAAACAAUUUUUCAUUUUGUCGAGAGGAAAUGGGAGAGGUACUCAAAUCAUCGACAUUUUCGGCUGGUGCAAGUGAUAAACUAAAAUGGUGUCUACGGAUAAAUCCAAAAGGAUUGGACGAAGAAUCAAGAGACUAUCUGUCCCUAUAUCUUUUACUCGUUCAAUGUGCCAAAAGUGAAGUUCGUGCCAAAUUCAAGUUCUCCAUAUUGAACGCGAAAAGAGAAGAAACCAAAGCAAUGGAGUCUCAACGAGCAUAUCGAUUCGUGCAAGGCAAGGAUUGGGGAUUCAAGAAGUUUAUUCGAAGAGAUUUCUUGCUUGACGAAUCCAACGGCCUUCUGCCAGAUGACCGGCUAAGUAUAUUCUGUGAAGUAUCGGUGGUUGCUGAGACAGUCAACGUCACUGGGCAGACUAGUGCUCAACAAUUUAAGGUCCCUCCUUGCCGACUAUCCGAAGAUCUUUCGGCACUUUUUGAAAGCAAGCAAUUCAGUGAUUGUACGUUGGUGGCAACAUGUAAAACUAACGGCCCUCAAACAUUCCAUGUGCAUAAGGCGAUUCUAGCGGCACGAUCGCGCGUUUUCCAUGCAAUGUUCGAGCACAAUAUGACGGAAUCGGAGCGGAAUGAGGUCGCAAUCGACGAUGUCGAACCCGAUGUACUCCGAGAGAUGCUAUGCUUUAUGUAUACGGGAAGUUCACCAAGUGUUGAUCAAAUGGCUCAACAUCUUAUCGCCGCCGCUGAUAAAUAUCAUUUGGAUCGUUUAAAAGUGAUGUGUGAACAGGCAUUAUGUGCAGCGCUAACGGCCGAGAAUGCUUGUGUGACGUUGGUGCUGGCUGACCUUUACUCGGCCGAACAACUUCGAACACACGCUAUCAAUUUUAUCAAUGUAAAUGCAACAGAAGUAAUGAAUUCGGAAGGUUGGAAGGAUUUGGUGAAAGAGCACCCGACAUUGUUAGCCGAGGUGUUCAAGGCUCUUGCCACUCAGCAAACACCACCUGUGGUGCUAGCUGCUCCGCCAAAGAAGCGGAUCAAGCACUGUCCAUACUGA